AUGGCGGCGUUCGACCGGGUGCUGCUUUCCCUUUUCAGUGGCGGUGGGUUGUGUGGCUGCUGCAAGCCAGAGACGUCAAAUUCAGUGGCCAUGGACAUUUUGCAGCUCAAAUCCUACCAAGACGAGUGGGAUCGGACUCAACGCGCCAUAGAACUGGCCAAACGCGAGCAGGUAGCCAAGGAGGCGGAAAUCCGUCAAAAGGCGGCGAGCCGCGCCGCGGAGCUCCUGGCUGAGCGAGGGGACCUGGAG